AUGUCGGUCCACUCGUCUCGGAACCCAGAAUCAAAUUAUGGCCGCGGUGACGAUGACAUCAAGCACGACCGUAUGGAAACUCCAAGUCCGGAUCUUCAAGAAAGUAGCCACGACGAAUUCACCCCGACAAAGGAAAAGACACCUAGCGUCUAUUCAACCCCUCCUACUCGUCGCUCGCAAUCGGGAUCACAUACUUCUUUUUCUUCACGAACCCGCAAGGCAUUCAAUGAGCACUAUUUCAAAAUGUACGGCACAGGACGCCAUUGCAUCCUCACACUACAAAAUGACUCCAAUCUUCUGCAUAUGGCUCACAUCGUUCGACGCAAAAGCUCCCACGAGAUGGCAAGCAGUCCUUUCUGCCUCUAUGAAUAUUGCCUUGGCUUAAAGUAUUCAGACUUUCAUCAUGAUAGUAGACAAAACCUGCUCAAUUUAGGCGUCGAGGUGCAUUAUUCUUUUGAUCAGAAUUACUGGUUUUUUUUACCGGAUAUCCAUGUGCUGCAAGACGUGCAUGAUUAUGUCAAGACGAUCAUUUCAUGGAGGGAAAGCACGUCAUCUAGCAAGGCUCCUCUAUCAUUUUUAACAAAGUGGAAACUCGAAAAAUUAACUCAAUACACCCUAGUGGCCGUAAUCUAUACACCGCCGAUUUCGAGGAUAGAGCCAGGCCAGUCACCAAUAACUCAUACAUAUCCUUUCCCCGAUUUCCCAACACUUGUAUGUCAUAUUGCGCCUCCUUUUGCCGUCAUAAACGCAGGGCCGAAGUGCAACCGAGAUAAAAUUGGUGAAACUGUUCGGGGACGCUUCCCGCAACCGACGGAUGAGUCUGAAGAAUUUGAACGGCGACUUACGCUGUUGUGCGAUACUUGGGAUCUUUUUCAGGGCGCCGCGAGCGCUGCUCAGGCUUGGCGGGUACGAUGCAGUGGAGAGCAAAGGGCUUGUAAAAGAAAGAGGGAAAAGCCCGACUCAGAUCAAAUACCCAUGCGCAUCACAAGAUCUAAAUCACGCCUAAAUCUCACCGGUACGCCCUCCUUCAACGCUCUCAACGCCCAAGCUCCAUGACGACAAACUUCAUACCCACCAGGCCAUUUCAAACGCAAUCUCUCAUCCACAUCAGACAGACUCACUUGUCAGGCGCUCGCACGUCACGGGAAACGACCAAAAAUUGGGACAUGUGGUUAUGAUGGCAGCUGGUCUCGAAGUGCAAUCGCAGAUUGGGCUAAGGAUUCUUCCAGGGCCUCAUCUCUACUAAAUUCUGAUGUCCUUGGAUAAUAUCUUAUAUUUGCACAUGUGACAGCAUAUACUUCUU